CCCCUGAGCCCCCCCUGCCCCUCGACUGGGAGCGGGGGAAAGGAUGAGAAAGCUCCUGGUUACACUGUACCAGAAUCCUGGAUACACCGGCUGGAGGCACUGGUGUGGAACGAGGAUGAGAUGUGGCCCAUCUGCCUGGUGGAGAAUUCCCGGGAGAAGGGGCUGGUUGUCCAGCCCAAGGCCCUGCAGGUGCUUCUGGGGCUCAAACAGCCCGUGGUGGUCAAGGCUGACACACAGUUCUACUCAGAAGGUAAGUCCUACCUGAGGAGCAGGCUGAGAACCCCCCACCCUCACCUGUCUGACCACACCCUCAUCACACUGUACCCCGAGGAUCAGCUGGUGUGUGAGGGGGACCCCAAGAACUCCCGUUGGCUGUUGGUGCUGACCCUGCUCCUCUCCAGCUCCCUGAUCCACACCAGCUAUGGAGGCAUCGACCAGUGGGACAUGGACCGGCUGCGGUACCGGGGGGGCUGCGGGACCCCCCUUGGGGGGUCCCUCACCCGGCGGUUCCUCACCUGGCCCAGGUGGCUGUCGAAGCUGCCGCAGCUCAUCCGGUACAAAGAGAGCCCCGGAGGCGGCGCAGACCUGCAGGAUUCCCACAGAUUCGCCCUUUUCUUCCCCAAUUUCAUCUGGGAAGUCGAGGAUUGCGCCCAGGAGCUGGAGGGGAAGGACGGGCACGGAAUCUCUGACGACGAGUACCUGGAGCGGGCACUGAGGCUGCAGCCAGGUACCAACCCCAAGGCCCAGCAGCACAACCUGACCCGGGAGUGCAUCCGGCAGUUCUUCCCGGGGCGCAGGUGCUUCAAGUUCCUGGAGGAGCCGGAGGAGGAGUUCGAGUUCCCCUGGGAGGAGAUGCCACGGAAAACUUUGCCUGGGGGCCUUGUGGUCACCGGAGAACUGCUGGGGAGGUUGGCAGAGAUCUACGUGGGGCAGAUCCGGGCGGGAGCGGUGCCGUGCCUGGAACGCGCCGUUCGGGAUCUGGCCCCGGUGGCCAACGCGGCAGCGGUGAAGGCGGCCGUGGGGCUGUACCGGGAGCGGAUGGAGCGCCUGGAGCUGCCCACGGACACGGCCACGGAGAUGCUGCAGCUCCACGGGCGCUGCGAGCGAGAGGCUCUGGAGCUGUUCAUGGAACGGGCUUUCCCGGAUGGAAUCUGCAACGGCCAGGCCCAGUUCAUGCGCCAGGUGGAGGCCCUGAAGGCCAAGUUCUUCUCGGAGAACGAGCGCGUGUCCCGUGCCAGGUGUGAGGAGGUGCUCCGGGAGCUGUCCCAGGACAUGGAGACACGGAUCCGGGACAGAUCCUGGGGAGUUGUCAGGGACUACCACCAGGCACUGGUGGAGCAAUACUGGAAGAUGCCUGGCAAGGGGUUGAAGGCAGCUGCCGUGCUGCAGGAAUUCCUCAGGAGCAGGACGGUGCCCAGGAGCAUCCUGAGCAUGGAUCGUUCCCCGAGGACGUGGAGUGAGUGGUACCUGCGGGAGCUGGAGCGGAGGGUGCGCGCGGAGAAGGCGGACGAGGAGCAGCAGCGGCGGCAGGAGCAGCUCCGGAGGCGCUCGGAGCACCAGCGCCAGCUCAAGGAGAAGCUGGAGGGCUUUGAGAUGAGGCAGCACAAGGAGCAUCGGCGCCUGAUCGUCCACAAAGCCAAGGAGGGGAGGGCCCUGCACCAGGAGGGCUUCCACGAGCAGGCGGACCUGCUUCUCUCCACGGUCAUGGAUCUGGAGCGGGAAUAUGGCAAGAGCGGCAGGAACGGCAGCGGCGGAGAUUGGAAUGGCGGGAACAGCAGCGGGAACGGCGGGAAUAGCGGUUGGAACAGCAACAGCAACGCCUCCAGGACCUGGAUCCACGUCCUUUUGGCCGUCCUGGCAGUGCUGGCAUUUAUCAUCCUUCGCAUUUAG